CGUGUUUGCAGCUCGUUGCAGGAGGAACAACUUCACUUUCAAUUUCGAUUUGAUUGAGGACAACAUGGAGUCCGUGUGACGUGCGGACAAACGCGUCGAGAACACGUCCAGAGACUCAAAGAGGCUCCCCGAGGAAAACGUCGUAAACCCGGACUGCUCGAGUCAACGUUUGGCUCCACAUCGCUCGGUCGGUACCAGAAGCGGAUCAGCAUGUUGCAGGAGACGGGGACGGAGUGGUUGUCUCAGGAGGUGAAGACCGGAACCACCAUCAUCGCCGUAGAGUUUGACGGAGGGGUCGUGCUGGGGUCUGAUUCCAGAGUGUCUGCAGGGGCGUCGGUGGUGAACAGGGUGAUGAACAAGCUGUCUCCCCUCCAUGACAAGAUCUACUGUGCUCUGUCCGGCUCUGCAGCCGACGCUCAGACCAUCGCCGAGGUCGUCCACUACCAGCUCGAUGUCCACAGUAUCGAGAUCGAUGAGGACCCACAGGUUCGCUCAGCGGCCACUCUGGUGAGGAACAUCUCGUACAAGUACAAAGAGGAGCUGUCGGCCCAUCUCAUCGUGGCCGGCUGGGACAGAAGAGACGGGGGACAGGUGUUUGCCACCCUGAGUGGUCUCCUGACGAGGCAGCCCUUUGCCGUGGGCGGCUCUGGAAGCUCACAUGUUUAUGGGUUUGUUGAUGCUGAGUUUCGCGGAGGCAUGAGCAAGGAGGAGUGCCAGCAGUUUGUUGUCAACACUCUGUCUUUGGCGAUAAACCGCGAUGGCUCCAGUGGAGGCGUGGCCUAUAUUGUGUCCAUUGAUGAACACGGCACGGAGGAGAAAGUGGUUCUAGGAAAUGACUUACCCACCUUCUUUGACCAGUGACACUUCCUAUUUCCUAUUUCCUCGUCUCUGGUCUGCCAAGCUGCUGCUGUGCGGGAUGCAACUAGUUUUUCAGUUUGCUCACAAUACUUUGGUUCUUCUGUCAGCUCAUGCAGCUUAUCAACUAGAAAAGCACCACAUCAAAAUACUUACUAAAACGUUUAAUUCAAAUAAAAUCAUUGCAUGGCUCUGUGAUACGCUAUGUCAUUAAAAAUCUAAAAGUAAUUUGUGGUUCAUUAUUAAGAUAAUUAUAACAAACAAACUCAACUUAUUUGGUCAAUUAAGAGUAAUGUUUUAUUUAGUUGCCGACAGAUGUUUGCUUUUGAAUGGCCGAAGCCAAUAUGGGGAGAGAAAGGCUGAUACGUCUUUGUUGUUAUCUAGUUUUUGCAUCUGAUUAAGAAAAAAUGUGUCUGAUUAAAGAAAAAAUGUGUAUAACAAUAACACAUUAAACACAUUAUUUAAGGCCUUUACAAACUGAUUGUCUAGCAAAUACAUGAAACGAUGUUUUGUGGGUUUUAUUUUGAAGGAUAACAAUGGAGGGCAAAAAAGUAAAAGUAAAUAAAAGAGGUAUUUAGUGUCACAAGCAUCUAAAGAGUCAAAGUCAAGUUUGUUAUUCACAUUAUUAUUCCCUCUUAUCUUCACUGCUAAUCAGACUAAAGUAAGAAGCCUAAGCGGUUGAUUGUUGUUCAUCCUGCUUAAAAAUAAGUCUACAUGCUUUCUGAUUAUACUUUAUCGUUCUUUUAUAUGAUUUUCUUUCAUGUGCAAUUUAAUAAAAAUAAAAGCCUGUGUAAUUUACUGUUUUAUUUUUGUUUUUAUUUACAAUGAAUGGCUUUGGACUUUAA